AUGGUAGCGCCAGCGGUUCCCGAGGUCACGGAAGAGGUCCUGCACGAAGCAAUUGAGGCUCGCACCGAGUCUCUGAGCUCCCUUCGUGAACUGGGGCCCCCUGACCUCGUCCACCUCGUCAAACAACCAUUGAGACAACAAACCAAGCAAGUUGGGGUGUACCACCAUGUCACUGGUGUAGAUGCCUCGUCGUCAGCCAGUCUGGCUGCCUACAUCAACACUCUUGCAUACAAAGAGUUUGGCCCCUCGGCAACCACAAAGACGCUCGAGGGCACCUACUGCUGCUACAAUGCCUUCUCCCGAGUCGAUAUGCGCGUGCAUGCCCCCUUUCCUGGUUCAGUAGAAGCUUACUGUAUUGACGAGCGCGGCGAAAAGCGCAAGGCAACCGACGAGCUCUGGCUAGAGACAUAUCUCUGCAGUGUGUUGCGAGCCUAUUCUUAUGCCGACGAUGGAACAGGUGAUGCUAUAAGGAAGAUCAUGUGCGUGAGACGGUUCAACCCCGUCACUAACACGGAGACCGAACAUCGCUUCCUCAGCGCAGCCGAGCAGCUAUUUUUCAGGGGCUGGUCGCUCGGGUCCGACUCGGUUGUACAGGUACCCAACGUUGUUUCGAACCAUCUCACGACUGGUCUCAUAAAAUACUUUCACACUACCGGUCGCUACGCCUCGGGUAUCAACUUGUUCGAGAAAUUGCGCACGCAGAACGUUGAGGUUGCAUCUUUGCUGGCCAAGGUCAUGUUCAUGGGCAACGAGGAGGUACAAGGCAUCCGCGUCCUGCACGAAGCCAUCAAGGAAAUGCCCAUGGAUUAUGUCAUGCUGGACACGCAAGCCGAAUUCCUGUUGAAGAAGGCCGAGACUGCCACCACUCCCGAACAGAGGGAAGAGAGACUACGGCUGGCUCUUGGCUGCGCCGACCGAAGCACCAUCGCAGCACCAAGCGAGUUUGGAACAUGGGCUAGACUCGCCCAGGUCUAUGUGGCCAUGGAAGAUUGGGAAAAUGCGCUGACGACACUCAACUCGUGCCCGAUGUUUACCUACCAGGAUAAGGAUGCACCGAUCAUGCCGGAGCCGAAGGAGUAUCACUUGCCAACCCUCCCCGAGACGAGGCUAGACGAGAUCGACAGUGAGCCCGAUUUUCGUUACUCGGAGCAGAUUGACCCGAGUCUCUUGGGCCUCCGCGCGGCCACUUAUCGUGGCACCUUCAAGCAGGCCUACGCCAUCUUGACCGAAAUGACAGCCAAGAUUGGCUGGGACCAGCUGCUCAAGAUCCGGAGCAACGUCUUCGUCAUGGAAGACGAGUACCGUGAGAAGCAGGAAUCCUCGCAUUACCCCGCGAACCGAAAUCCUAGCACCGAUGUUCUUCGCGGAAGCCCUGACCCAGGCGUUAACGGAGAAACCGCGGUGGGGGAGACUGAGGUGGCUGAAAAGAGCGAAGAAGCUGGCCAGGAAGCUGACGGUGAAAAUCUGGCGCCACCAGCGGCCAAUGGAAAGCCCGAAGAUAUCGAGAGACCUUCGAGUGCCAUGGACCCCGAUGUGGUGAAGAAGGCAGAAGAGAAGGGUUCCGAGGACCACUCCUCCCGGCUUAAUAACAAGCGGCUGUGUGAGCGUUGGCUUGACAGCCUUUUCAUGGUACUCUACGAGGACCUCCGCGUCUACACAAUAUGGCGUACCCAGAUGGCUCAGUACCGCGCUCAAAGCAUGCAGUACAAGAAGUCCCCUGAGGAGUGGGAGAUUCUUGGCAGCCUUGCCGAGCGCCUCCAGCACACGGACGAGGCUGUGGAGGCGUACCGUGCCUGUCUCGGACAGCGGUUUAGCCCCAAGGCCCUUGCGGGUAUCUUGAAGGUGUUUAUGAAGACCAAGCUCACACGAGAUGCGGUUGCGGCAGUCAUCCGGCUGGUAACUUGGCAGUAUAGGUGGUACAGCGAGUUCUCGCCCGAGCUGCUACACACAAUUCGCAUUCUUAUUGAGGAUGAGGGCGCCGUCAAGAUUCGGAGCAUCAUUCAGGCCACUAACCUGCCGCAGAACGUCCUGGACCUCACGCACCACUACGCGGCGCUUUGUGCUACUUUCAGAAGCAGUGGCACAGAGGGUUAG